GAGCUCACAGAGAGUUCACUUACUGGCCGAUCCACCUUCCCAGUACUCACUUUAACUCCAAAGUGACUGCUACAGCAUUACUGUAUAUGUCUGCUUCUAUGUAAAGUCAGUUAAUAGGUUAGCUUGCGACCUGCUAACUGGUUGACAAUACAUUGUUACACUGAUGCUGUAGAUUUCAGGGCUGUUUUCAUAAACGUCUGGUGGAGAUAUGAACCUUUCUAAGGUCCAGAUCUUGCUGGCAUGGAUUCUCGGUGUAUUUGCUGGUCCAGUAUUCUGCUCAGAGGAUGAAACUCGUCUGGUGAAAAACCUGUUUACUGGUUACAACAAGGUGGUUCGUCCUGUUAACCACUUCAGUGAAGCCGUAGAGGUCACCGUGGGACUGCAGCUAAUACAGCUUAUCAGUGUGGAUGAAGUUAACCAGAUUGUGACCAGUAAUGUCCGUCUCAGACAGCAAUGGGUAGAUGUGAACCUGAAAUGGAAUCCAGAUGAAUAUGGAGGCAUCAGGAAGAUCAGAGUCCCUUCAACCGACAUAUGGAAACCUGACCUGGUGCUAUACAACAAUGCUGAUGGUGACUUUGCCAUCAUCCAUGAAACCAAAGUCCUGUUGGAGCACACUGGGAUGAUAACAUGGAACCCUCCAGCCAUCUUUAAGAGUUACUGUGAGAUUAUUGUCCUCCAUUUCCCGUUCGACCUGCAGAACUGUAGCAUGAAACUGGGAACGUGGACAUACGAUGGACUGCUGGUCGUCAUCAACCCAGACAGUGAUCGGCCUGACCUCAGUAACUUUAUGGAGUCAGGUGAAUGGGUGUUAAAGGACUACAGGAGCUGGAAACACUGGGUUUACUACACCUGCUGUCCCGACACACCAUACCUUGACAUCACCUACCAUUUCCUGAUGCUGCGGCUGCCUCUCUAUUUCAUUGUCAACGUCAUCAUUCCCUGCAUGCUGUUCUCUUUUCUCACCGGACUGGUCUUCUACCUGCCUACUGACUCUGGUGAAAAGAUGACUCUCUCCAUCUCUGUCCUGCUGUCUCUGACUGUCUUCCUGCUGGUUAUUGUGGAGCUGAUCCCCUCCACCUCCAGCGCUGUUCCUCUCAUAGGGAAAUACAUGCUCUUCACAAUGGUGUUUGUCAUCGCCUCCAUCAUCAUCACUGUCAUCGUCAUCAAUACACAUCACCGCUCACCCAGCACUCACACUAUGCCCACCUGGAUCCGCAAGGUCUUCAUCGAAACCAUUCCCAAUAUGAUGUUCUUCUCAACAAUGAAGCGUCCCAGUCAGGAGAUCCGGCAGAAGAGGUUGUUCCCUACUGACAUGGACAUCUCUGACAUCUCAGGUAACCCCACCCCCACCAGUGUCACCUACCAGUCUCCUAUCACUAAAAACCCUGAUGUUCGCAGCGCAAUUGAAGGGGUGAAGUACAUCGCUGAGACCAUGAAAUCAGACGAGGAAUCUAACAAUGCAGCAGAGGAGUGGAAGUUCGUUGCCAUGGUUUUGGAUCACAUCCUGCUUUGUGUGUUCAUGGCUGUGUGCAUCAUCGGGACGCUUGCCGUCUUUGCUGGGAGACUCAUCGAGCUCAACAUGCUGUAGAGACCCAUAAAGGAGUAUGUGUGUUAUCAGGAUAGACGUCACACUUGGAGAUGCAUCAGUAAAGUGUUUAUCAUUGGACUGGUUCGGGUUGUGCUUGCUCUCUUUCCCACUCUGUCCCUCCCACAGUUUGAGUUGGUUUUUAAAUGCUGUAAAGUGAGAAGUUUGUAUAUUUGAGGAGACUGCACUUGAAGGCAAAUCCAGGCAUCUUAAAGUCAUGAGUCUUGUGAUCUAGAUGGGUCAUACUUGAAGCUAUUCUUGUCACUAACAUUUUUUCUAUUGUUUUUCUUGUUUUUCUACAGUGUUUUAUUGCUGCAAUUCACUCUGCUGGGCUCUAUGAGUGUAUUUUACUACUCUCUUGUAAAAGCCAUAACAGUAAUAAUUGAUUUGUUUUGUUUUAACUUUUUUGGCAGCUUGUUGUGAGGUUUGGGUCAGAAGAUUUAAUUAAAUGUUAAAACAGAAAAAAAAACUUUAACAUGAGUGAAUGUUUUCACGUCCACUGUGCUGAGGACUAAAUGAGAAUGGAUGCUAUAUCAUUAGCAAAUACAUGUAGUUUCUAUUAACAUUUUUGAGUGAAUAGAAAAUUAACCCAGUCUUCAUCCAAUUACUGUGAGUCAGCUUAGAGUGCAUGUGUAUGUAGAAACCCGACUUGGGUGUUACAGGUAGGGGAGGAAGAUGUGUUCAGCUUGUUCAAAACAGAGCUACUCAGUUAAUUGUAUUUAAAUCCAAGUUCAUUGCCACUUGUAUAGACUGAGUCUGGUUGGAUGACAUAGUCUUGGUCUUUUAGUGCAGGCAAGACAUUUUCCCGCCUGGAAGUUUUAUUGUUUUGUUUUGCCUGACACUUAUUUGACUCCUAAACUUCUCAUUUAUAUUUAUGGUUUAAGAUUGUGAAUUGUGUAAAUAUCCAUGGGUUAGUGGCAAGGUUUGCUUUGUCAUUCCUCUUAACUCUGUUGUACAGUUUGUUAAGAGCUCAUUAGUUUUGAAAAUUAUUUCUUCAAUAAAUGAUUUUCAACCACAUCGAAGGAUUGUGGUUAAAAACAAAUCUGUUGUAGGUAGAGUUACUGGUGAAUGUCGAGGCAACAAAGGUUUGUUUGAGUUUGUCAAAGGAACUCCAUUCUCAGGCAGCCAUCUUAAAGCUGCACCAAGCUGGUGUGCUGCUCCUCUAUAACACUUAGUUUUGAUUUGUCACGUCUUGCGCGUGGAGAUGAAUUGUUUAGGGAACAUGGGAUUUAAGAAUUGUGUUUUGUGCAGCUUUAAUUGUGGCAUAGCAAAGGAGGAUUGUUAAGCAAUGGAUGUGAAAAAUUCCAUCAAAUCACAGCUGCAGUGCCGCUGUCUGUGUUAACAACAACCAGCUGAAGGCAACUUGUUUUAUUUUGCUGCAGUGAUUCCUUAUGACAAAAGACCCUCCAUUUAGUUUGGUUGAAUGAUACAAUAAAUAUUUGCAGUUGUGUAGAUGUGAAAUAGAGUGAAAAAUAAAAGUUAUUAUUCAUUUA